UUUUCUCAUGUGGAUGUUUACAUUUAUGUCGGUGGAAUAAUUUUAUUUUCUUAAUUACUUUUCUGUUAAUUAAUCAACGUUUUCCAUGUUGUAAUCAUUUGUUAACUAUUUUAUUCUAUUCUUGAUGUGACCGAAUAACUGAUUUAAUUGAGAUUCGAUUGAUUUUUGUUGUAAAAAAGAAAAAUUGAAGAAAAGAUUAAACGAUGAACAAGGAAACAUCUUUAGCCUCCCAAUUGCGGAAACUUGAGGCUCCUCAAACAAAUAGCCUUCGAGACACCAAGUAUCGGGCAUCAUUUUUAUACGACCGUAAGGAAGCCCUUUCCAUAGAUAAGGAUACCCAUUUUAUCAUUGGUUCAACUGGUUUUCGACAAAUCUGCUCAAUCGAUGGAUCUUUGGUUAAAUUUGAAGAAUUGUUUAGUGUUAUCAAUAAAGACUUUGAUCGAGCUGUUAAAUCAAAGGAAGAAAAUGACAAAUUAAACCAAUUAAUACGUUCAUUUCUCUUUCAAGCUGUUUCACCCUACUUCCUGUUAACCCACACCCAUAAAAUGUUGGAAUGGUUAAUCUAUAGAUAUUCAAUUCAUGAAUAUAAUCUUGACGAUCUAAUAAUCUCAGUUUUACCUUACCAUGAGACGAAGCUUUUCCCUCGUAUUGUCAGGUUGAGCUUAAAGAUUCGUGAUCCAAUCAAUAAAUGGCACUGGUUAUCAUCGGUAUCAAAACAUUCAAUCCCACUGCCAAAGGUUUCCCUCAUCGCUUACCUGAAAACAAGCUCAGUUACCAUUGAAUAUCUAAAGGAUUCCAUCAUUGAAACGGUUAAAAGUCAACAUAAAAUACCAGCGGUUGUUUCAUUUUUCACCUCGACACUUGUAACCCUUUUGGAAGAUGAUUUUGUCCUUACGGACACUUUUAAGGACAAAUACAUAACCAUCAUUUUGAGUUACCUUUUCUAUGGUACCAAAUCUCGGGACAGAGGUUUAGUUCAAUCUUGUUACAUUGUCUUAAGUCAACUUGUUACCAGGGUAACAUUGAAAGUCUCUAAAUUGGAAAAACUUUUAUCCAAAAUGGCUAAACAUUUAUUGGACGUUUCUGAUUCAUAUACAGAGAAAAAUUUUCUUCUAACACUUUUGAUUGUCUACGAAUUUCAAGAAUUAGAGUCAAUACCUGAAAUUGUUGUGAAAACUUUAAACUUGAAACGUUUCAUUGAGAUUAAUGGUCAAAUUCAAUCGAAAUAUUUUCUAACCUCUCUGUUAACCUAUUAUAUUGGUCAAUGUGAAGAUGAUGAUCAAUAUUUGAACGCUCUAAUGUUAAUCGACAAUUUAAAAAUUUCUUCAUGGACAAUUAGUAAAAUUCUUGAAGCUGUUGUGGCGUUAAAACCAAAUCCAGAUUCUGAUGCUAAAUCUAAAUUAUCUAAUAUUGUCCAAGUGUUGGAACGACGUUUUCCCAGUGAAUUUGAUGGAGCAACAAGUAAAUCAACAAUCAAAGGCUUAGAAAAUUUAAUCAUCUCUCCCUUUUAUACCAAAUUGAAUGAUAAAAAUGUCAACGUUUUCGUUGGUCUAACAAGUGCCAAUGAAGGUAUUCGUUUACACUCAGCGUGUCACAUUGCCAAGAAUCAUAAGGAAAUCCUUAAAUGUACUGAUGAACAAACCAAACAAUUAAUCGCCGAUUCACUAGUUAACACUUUACACGAAAAUAAUCCAUUGGUUUUGAUUGAAUUACUCUCUUGUCGUGAUCUUUUCAUCAAAAUGGUUCCAUUAGCCGAUUUAAUUGUCUAUGGGAAAAAAUUAUUACCUCGAUGUAUCGAAAUGAUCAGACGUAACAAAGACGAUUCUGAGACUCACAAUGAUUGGACAACAGUUCGUCGAAGUUGUUUCAAGCUUGUCUCCAAUUUAGACUUUAAGGAAGAAUCACAAUUUUGGGAUCUUUUUGUCGACUAUUUCAUACCAUUAGAUGAAACUGGCCUUUCCCUUUUUUCCGUCAUUUUCGAAACGGACAUUGAAAAAACAAACCGUAAACUCUUUGAUUGGACUAAAUCAAUUUACACCGAACAAUUGAAAACAUUUAUAGCCAAUGAAGAUUAUGGUUCAUCGAUUGAUUUUGUUACACAACGAAUUGCUUCAUAUAUUAACAAAAAUCCAACUUCUCCCUUAUUACAAGUUCUUAAUCAAUCAGGAUCGGAAAAUUAUCGCAAACAAAUUCUAGGGCUUUGUGUUAUUUUCCACCUUUUACCCUUACAAACAGCUAAUGACAAUUACGAGUCAAUCAAUGAGCUUUCGUUAACUUGUAUCUCAAUUUUAGCCAAACUGGUUGAUCCAUCAACUGUCCGAUUCAAGAAAACCUCUUAUGAAGAUGCUGAUAAUUUUGAUUGUAUCAAAGAUUUCAUCAAUUCAUCAAUCAAUUACCUUACCAAGAGACGUGUCACCUCAUCAAUGGUUCAAUUAUUUGUCACUCGACUUUUAUCACAUAAAAAAUGUUCACCCGGAUUGAAACCUUGGUUCUGGCAUUUACAAACCACCGAGAAUAAUUAUAUCAAUGGAUUAUUCAAUUUUCUGUGUAACAAUUGUCACCAUGAGAAAAUUCAAGCUCAACCAGUUUUCCAAAGUCUUCUCAAGUUGUUCGUAAAAGAAAUUCGAACAUUUUGUCCAAAAUUUCUUGUCGGCCUUUGGGUAAAGACAGAAGAUCCUCUUCUUCAAGCUCGAGCUUUGGAAAUUUCUUCCCACUUUAUGGUAGAAAAUGAUUUCGAUGAAAUUGAAUUGGUAUCACUUUGUAUUGCUCUUCAAUCACCCCACUCAGCAGUUCGUGCGAUCGCAGUUAAAUUAUUGGACAUUGAUUCUAAACCAAGUACUUUUAUACAAUUUCUCAGUCAAUACAAGGAACUAUUGGCCGGAGAUCCACGAGAAAUUAGUAUCGCCAUCGCUAAAUACUGGACAGACAAUCAACCUGUUGGAAAAAUUAAAUUACCUUCAAUUACUUUUAAAAAUAUCACCAAAUUGAUUAAACAAGACCCCAACACUCCCGACACCGUACGUGUUGGUUUAGCAAGCAUGUUACGAGAUUAUAACAACAUUGAUUGUCUCAAACUUUUCCUGUCAUUGUUACACUUUCAACCAACCAAUUUAUCUGAACGGCAGUUGACCUACCUUGCGGGGAGGAAAAUCAUAGAAAUGCUUCCAGUUCUCGAUAAUUCGAGCAAUCUUUUUGUCAAUCUUCAACUUCGAUUGAAUCUUCAACGUCUUUUCACUUCAGAUGAUUAUCGUCCAAUGUUAUUAAACCUGUUCAACAAUUCAUAUGUUAAACAAUUGAAUGAUGAUUCUAAACGAUUGCUGAUUGAAUGUCUUCUAGAUGUUAUCCAAGUUCACAAUGAUAACUAUUGCCGACGAAAAUUGCGAAAAUUUCUAACUGAUGGUUCACUUGUUUCCUACAUAAUCAGUGUCAUGAUUGAUUCUGGUGGUGAUCUAGAUGAUUCAGGUGAAGAUGAUAAAGGAAGUGGUCAAGCUAAAAGACGUCGAUUGGAAAAGAAGAUUGUUCUAAAUCAAGAUUCGGAUAGAUGGAAGAAAAUUGUUAUGCUACUUGAAAUUUUUGCUUCCAAAGAGAUUUUCACCGGAGCCGAACAAUUAAUGGGAACAGUUUUUAAACUUCUCAAGGAAAAUCUUCUCUCGGAAGAGCAAUCAUCAUCGGAAUAUUUUCGAUCUCUCCUACUAGUCAUCUUAUCUAAUUGUCUUAAUCAACCUGAAAUUGAUUUAACCAAUUUUGAACUUGUCUACAUCUUGGAGAGUCUUCGUCAUGCCCGUUUAAGAGAAACUCGGAUGCAAGCAUUAACCAUAAUUAACCGAAUCUCAGGUCAUCUGAAAGAUGAUAUUCUUCGUGAUAUAAUUGUCAUCUUUGGCUUUAUUGGCAACGAUAUGAUCAAAUGUGAUGAUCAAUAUACUCACAAAAUUUUGGACGAUACAAUGGAGACAAUAAUUCCUGGUCUUGUAAUGUCCAGUGAGGAUUCACAGAAGAAGAUAAUUGAAACUUUUACCGAUUCAUUUAAUGAUAUUCCUCUUCAUCGGCGAUUAUAUCUUUUCCAAAAGUUGACCUCACUUCUUGGAGAGGAGCAAUUUUUAUGGUACAUUGUUUAUAAAUUGAUUCGCCGUUCACUUGAAAUUGAAGAAUCAAGGAAAUUUAUCCAAGAAUUUAUCUCUGCCCUAGUUACUGGUUUUGAUGCGACAAUUCAAAUGACCACAAUUAAUCAACUAAUGUCAAUGUGUCAUAAUAUAGUUAAUAAUGGUUCAUUCGAGGCUCUUGGUGAAAAUCAUCGUUUCCCCGAGUUAACUAAUCGAGUUGAUUUUGCAAAAGAAACCAUUCUCACGAUUUAUCUAAUUGUUUCCUCUGAAGAUUAUGUCUCAGCAAUUGCUAAAUCAAAAUGGUCCAAUUUAGAGGAUCUCUUUAAUCAACUCUUUGAGACUAAUUUACUUCUCAUUGAUUAUUGUAAUAAACCGGAAAACAAGGCCAAUCGUGGUAACAGUAGACUCAACCGAGAGCUUCUUAAUGUCCUCGAAAAGGUUAACGUAUUGCUGCCCGAACCUGAGUUUAUUUCAGUUAUUCAUCGUCUUCUUGGUUCAGAAUCGUUACCCGUCCGUCGUAAAGCACUUGACCUACUCAAUGGACGAUUACCUGCCAACAAAUCUAAAUCAAAGAUUUCAAUGUUACGAGAUUUCAUUAAACCAAUUGUGAAAAUUGUUGGUGAUCUUAAGGAAAAUAAAAGUGACAUUCAAAUUGUCACCUCACAAACUGGUUUAAUAAGCAUUGGAAUAUUAUCUAAAAUUUUACAGGGUGAUUCUGAUUCAAUUGAUUUCCUUGUUUUCGCAUUGAAAUCAAUUGUUUCCCUUUGUGAAGAUCGAUCUCAAAUUGCCAACACCAAUUUAAUUGCUUCAAUGAUACUCUGUAUAUCUCAGCUAGUUAGCUGCUUAAAGACUGAUUGUUUGUCUUUAAUUCCAUCUGUUAUGUCAAUCAUUUUGUCAACCCUAAAAGAAGAGUCGGAAGUGUUAUUACUUAGUAGUUUAACUGCUCUCAGUAAAUUAACCUUAUACUUUGGUAAAUAUUUAAGCUCAGAUCUUUGUCAAUUAUUAAUAUCGAUUUGUAAACUUGAUAGAAACUGUAGUUUCACUGGUAUGAGUAUAAGAGUUGACAAGGUUAUAAUUAAUAUCGCUAAUGAGGUUCCAUUCAGAAUUCUGAUUGAAAGUUUGGAAGAAGCUUUUGAUCAGCUUGAUUCAUCGGAACCACGUUAUGUUUGCUUAACUAUUUUACAUCGAGGAUUAAAAGAUUGUGAUAAGAAUGAAAUUGAACCUAAUAUGGUUAAUUUGCAAAAAUUUGCUCUCAAAUUGUUGGAUUAUCGAUCAGUUAAUUGUGAUUCCGAUGAGGAUAUUAAAUCAAUCAAUAAGAUUGAAGAUAAAAGUUUAGAUGCAAUAACUUCAUUCGUGCCGAAACUAUCAGAGGCCAGUUUCAGAUCAUUUUUCUACAAGGUCUAUGAUUGGGUGAAAACUGGUGAUGGAAAUAAUAAUUACCACAGAGUCUUAACCUUUUACCGAUUAACCAACAAAUUGGCCGAUAAAUUGAAAAAUCUAUUCAGUGCAUUUGCUGCUCCUUAUAUUGUGAUUAAUUGUAUCAAACAAUUAAAAGCUUUUCACAUUAAUUCUGAAAACGGGAUGUUGAAAUUAUCCAACGAUAAUAAAACAAAGACUGACAAUGAACAAAUUGGUCACUUAAUCAUUAGCAAUAUACUGACCACUCUAGCUAAAAGUUUCCAACACGAUGUCGCCUCUACUUUUGCCACUCCUGAUCGUAGUAAAAAAUUAUAUCCUUUGAUAUUGGAUCAGAUCACCAAUGACUUUGGUCCAAAUGAUAAAUACUGUCAACGAAUCGAUGAAGGUGUUAUCCCUUGUAUUCAGCAUUUGGUCAAGUCGGUAAAUGACCAUAACAUUGUGAAAGAUGCUAAUUACCAAUUGUUAUUGAAAACCAGGGAGAAUUCAGCUAAGGUUCGUUAUCAAGCUUUACAUGUUCUCCAUCAAUUAAUCUUAUCUAUGACCGAGGAAUACACACCAUAUAUUCCGGAAGCAGUUCCAUUCUUGGCGGAACUUCAUGAGGACGAUUCAGAUGAAAUUCAGAAAUUAUUGUUAAUCGUUUUUGGAGACAUUGAGAAAAUUUUCGGGGAACCAAUUAACUCUUAUUUUUGAUGACACAAUUAACUAUUACCAAUCACGAACAAGAAAAGAAAUUGAUAAUUUGGUGAUUAAUUGUGAUUACGAAUUGAGAAAAUUUAAUUCGUUCAUUCAUAUAACUAUUACAUUGUAAUAUUUUUUUGAUAUUUAUCUGUGGUUCAUUUGAUUGUACAAUUUGUAUACUUUAUGUUAACUCCGAUUUAAUUGUUAAUCUAAUUACGACGACAAUUAAAUUUUCAUGAAACAAAAAGUUAA